AUGGCCCGCGCUGCGUAUCGCCUGCUCGACCUGGCCACCGGUGAGGGCAAGCUGAUGGGCCUGGAAUGGGGUACGGGCACGCUGACCCCCCUCUUCCUCCAGGGCAAGCUGGCGGGCCUCGUCAGCAUAGAGCACAACGCCACCGUGGCGGAGAUCGCAGCGCGCGUCAAGCAGGAGAAUGCAACACAGCUGGAAAGCCGCUGGGCACAGCGCACCGCUCCCCUGCCAGAUGGUUCAGAGCCGGGGGAAGCCCUGCAGGCCUACCUCGACCUCGUCAAAGAUGGGAAACCCCAGUACCAGGUCAUUGGCAUCUCUGGCCCCGCUGCCAUAGCUGCACUGGAGAGGUCUGUGGCGCUCCUAGUGCCCAAGGGGGGCAUCAUCAUGAUGCUGGGCCAGGGGGAGGCGGAGCUGCAGGCGGCAACCGCCCUGGCGCCAGGGCACUGGCCGCGGCAUCACAGCGGCACUGCGCGGCGCUGGACCCUGAUCUGGCUUUCCUGCUCUGCGCAGGACUGCCACGAGAAGUGA